GGCGAAUAGCUCUUGGCCUAGGAGUCUCGCUCGAAACUUUUCUGCGCGAUGGCAACAUUUGAGGAUUUCCCCGGCGCGGGGUACCUACGGCUGCGCGGCCUCCCGUUCAGCGCUGGCACAAAGGAGGUCUCAGACUUCUUGACGGAGUUCGGGGUGAUGGAGGCCAACGUCAUCCUGGGCACCAAUGCUCAGGGGCUGCCGAGCGGCGAGGCCUGGGUGCAGUUCGCGGAUCAGGCCAGCGCGGAUGAAGCCAGGCGGCAGAAAGACCGGCAGCGCAUCGGCGGUAGAUACAUCGAGAUCUUCAGCAGCUCCUACGACGACUGCACCGCGCGAAGUGGGGGCGCCAUGGGCGCCGUGGGCAAAGGCGCGUAUGGCGGCGGUGCCAUCGCGGGCGGCAACAGCGCGGACACUGCUGGAGGCUUCACAGACUUUCUGGGCGCGGCCUACCUCCGACUGCGAGGGCUGCCCUUCAACGCAACGCAAAAAGACGUCUCGGAUUUCUUCGCGGAGUUCGGAGUGAUGCCAGAGCAAGUGCUGAUGGGAAGUGAAGGCGCAACUGGCCGACCCUCCGGGGAGGCGUGGAUACAGCUGUUCAAUGAGGCGAUCGCGGCUCAAGCGCGCUCUGCGAAGGAUCGGCAGAAGAUGGGCCACCGCUACAUCGAGGUCUUCCCCUCGACGGCGAUGGAUGCCGGGAAAGCCACCGCCAGGCCAACGCAGGACCGAGCAGCCUUCCGCGGCGCGGGCGCGGGCGCGGUCGCGGGCGCGGGCGCUUGCGCGGGCGGCGCCUUUGGCGCGGGCGGUGAUGACUGGAGCUGGUUCAUGGGCGCUUGGCCACAAUUCUUCGGCAAGGGAGCCGGAGGCUUUGGCCAGGAUCGCUACGCCCCCUACUGAGCUUUGGCCCACUGAGUUGAGCAGCCAUACUUGGCUGGGGCGCGAGGCCAAUAUGCGACUGGGAGGCUCAAAUUGGUGAGCUGGGUGCU